CUUAAAUGAACCAUUGCGUUGCCAACUACUGUGACAAUAUUAUUAUAUAUUACAAAGUUGCUCCUUUCUUCAAUUUCACAUUCAUUCUCAUCUCUCUGUUCUGCAAGAAUUCGUUAGCUAAGUGAUGGCUCAAAUUCUGCUGCAUGGAACUCUCCACGCCACAAUCUUUGAGGUUGAUAAGCUCAAGACAGGUUCUUCUAAUAUCUUAACCAAGAUCGUACAAAACAUCGAGGAGACUGUUGGUCUUGGAAAAGGUGUCACUAAAUUAUACGCAACCAUUGAUCUAGAGAAGGCACGAGUGGGGAGGACCAGAAUUUUAGAGAAGGAGCAUUCUAAUCCAAGAUGGUACGAGUCCUUUCACAUUUAUUGUGCCCAUAUGGCUUCAAACAUCAUAUUCACAGUGAAAGAUGAUAAUCCUAUUGGGGCGACCUUAAUCGGAAGAGCAUACGUGCCUGUUGAGGAUAUCUUGGGUGGUGAAGAAAUUGAUAGAUGGGUUGAAAUAUUGGAUGAGCAUAAAAACCCAAUACAUGGGCAUUCCAAGAUCCACGUGAAGCUGCAAUAUUUUGAUGUUUCAAAAGACCGCAACUGGGCUCUGGGCAUUAGAAGUCCUAAAUUUCCUGGAGUUCCUUAUACUUUCUUUUCCCAACGAAGAGGAUGUAAGGUUUCUCUAUACCAAGAUGCUCAUGUGCCUGACAAUUUUGUGCCUAGAAUACCACUUGCUGGAGGCCAGACUUACAAACCUCACAGAUGUUGGGAGGAUGUGUUUGAUGCAAUCAAUAAUGCAAAACACUUAAUAUACAUUACCGGCUGGUCUGUUUAUACUGAGAUUACGUUGGUAAGGGAUUCUAGAAGGCCAAAGCCUGGAGGAGAUACAAGUCUUGGCGAACUUCUCAAGAAAAAAGCAAGUGAAGGUAUAAGGGUUUUGAUGCUUGUUUGGGAUGAUAGAACAUCGGUUCCUUUGUUGAAAAAAGAUGGGUUGAUGGCCACUCAUGAUGAAGAAACCGACCGGUACUUUCACGGCACUGACGUGCAUUGUGUUUUAUGCCCUCGCAAUCCUGAUGAUGGUGGAAGCAUUGUUCAGGAUUUAGAAAUUUCUGCCAUGUUUACGCAUCACCAAAAAAUUGUAGUCGUGGACAGCGAAUUGCCGAGUGGAGAACCUGAUAAGCGAAGAAUUGUGAGUUUUGUAGGGGGUAUUGACCUUUGUGAUGGAAGAUAUGACACUCAAUUCCAUUCACUUUUUAGAACCUUGGAUACAGCACAUCAUGAUGAUUUUCAUCAGCCAAACUUCGCUGGUUCUUCCAUACAAAAGGGUGGUCCAAGAGAACCUUGGCAUGACAUCCACUCUAGGCUUGAAGGACCCAUUGCUUGGGAUGUCUUGUUCAACUUUGAGCAGAGAUGGAGAAAGCAAGGUGGAAAGGACUUACUUAUUCCACUAAGAGACCUUGAAGAUGUCAUCAUUCCCCCAUCCCCAGUAACUUACCUUGAUGAUCAUGAGACAUGGAACGUUCAGUUAUUUAGAUCUAUUGAUGGUGGAGCUGCUUUUGGGUUCCCAGAAACUCCUGAAGAAGCUGCGAAAGCGGGACUUGUUAGUGGGAAGGAUAAUAUAAUAGAUCGUAGUAUUCAAGAUGGUUAUAUUAAUGCUAUUAGACGUGCAAAGAAUUUCAUUUAUAUUGAAAAUCAAUAUUUCCUUGGAAGCUGUUUUGCUUGGAGUCCAGAUGGUAUCAAGCCUGAAGACAUUGGAGCUUUGCAUCUAAUCCCUAAGGAGCUAUCACUUAAGAUUGUUAGUAAGAUUGAAGCUGGAGAAAGGUUCAGUGUGUAUGUUGUGGUUCCAAUGUGGCCAGAGGGUGUCCCCGAAAGUGCAUCAGUUCAGGCAAUAUUGGACUGGCAAAGGAGAACAAUGGAUAUGAUGUACAAGGAUGUAAUUGAGGCACUCAAUGCCAAGGGAAUUCAGGAAGACCCUCGUAACUAUUUGACAUUCUUCUGCCUUGGUAAUCGAGAGGUGAAGAAACAAGGAGAGUAUGAGCCCUCAGAAAGACCAGAACCUGAUACAGAUUAUAUAAGAGCCCAAGAGGCCCGGCGCUUCAUGAUUUAUGUUCAUGCCAAGAUGAUGAUAGUUGAUGAUGAAUACAUAAUCAUUGGAUCUGCCAACAUCAACCAGAGAUCAAUGGAUGGUGCCAGAGACUCUGAGAUAGCCAUGGGUGCCUAUCAACCAUAUCAUUUGGCUACUAGGCAGCCUGCAAGGGGACAGAUUCAUGGUUUGCGCAUGUCAUUGUGGUAUGAGCACCUUGGCAUGCUUCAUGACUCUUUCCUCCACCCAGAAAGUCAAGAAUGUGUAAGGAAGGUGAAUCAGAUUGCUGACAAAUAUUGGGAUCUCUAUUCUAGUGAGUCACUUGAGCAUGACCUUCCUGGACACCUGCUCCGGUAUCCUAUUGGAAUUUCAAGCGAAGGAAUAGUCACAGAGCUUCCAGGUUUUGAGUUUUUCCCUGACACCAAGGCUCGUGUCCUUGGCAACAAAGUUGAUUACUUGCCCCCCAUCCUCACUACUUAGUUUCAUUUUCUACUUUGUUCAUAAGAUGUUGUUCUACUUACGAUGUCAGAGUAUGUAAUAAUGGUAACGGUCCUGUGAACAUGUUUUGACUCUUAUUGUGAGGUUUCUUAAUAAUGUUCCUCUUGUAUUUGCUGUUCUGACACUAUCCUUUUUCUCUGGGAUAUGUAGAUUGAACUUGAUUCUGUUGGAUAUAUAGUUGAUGUUGCUGUUUGUAGAAUUUCUAUGUGGACUCUGUUCAUUUGCCAAUGUCUAAUUUCAAGAAAAUAUGAAAUUAACUUAACUACUCAACACGUGUAGCUAAUUUUUUU